UGAAACAAAGGGAAUUUUUCUGAGGUCAACAGGGUGACAUCACACUCAAGGAAAGGACUCCCCUGGUGGCUGGUGAGAGGCCUGUGUCUCAGGCCCUGUCUGCCCCACCCCCUGGACACACCUCUGCUCACCCUCACCGAGGGUGACACAACUCUGUUCCCGCUUAUCUAUCCCGCCUUUUCGGCGCCGUUACCUUCUUGGAAAUGAGUCAGGGCAAAUGGGUGGGGGCUCAGACCACCGCCUCCUCCAGCAGGGCCCAUAAAAGCCACUGAAAUUGGUCCCCAGGCACCAAAGCAAGUUCUAGACUCCGCAGCUCUAGACAGGUAGCACAAUGGCGCUAACUUCUCAGAUCCAGGCGACUUGCCUCCUGCUACUGCUGCUCAUUGCCAGCCUGACCAGUGGUGCCAGCCUCCAGCCACAGAUGGGGCAGCCUGCAGAGCUCCAGCCCCGGCGCACAUCUGAAGCUGAGGCUAGCUUGACGCCCUUGUUCCAGAGGCUGAAAAGGCGAGACACCCACCUCUCCAUAUGCACUUUCUGCUGCAAGUGCUGCCAUAAUGAAAACUGUGGGUUCUGCUGCAAGACAUAGAGCCUCCACCCUGACCCCCGGGCCUCAGCUCCCUCCCUUAUUUAUUCCU